UAGAAAUUGCUUUAAAAUGAGUAAAAGCCAGACUAGUACCAGGCUGUAAUUCAUCCUCUGCUGUGCCUUUGUUCUCGAGUGGGCGGGGCUGUUCAGCAUCCCUGAUCGGUCAUUCGCUGCUGUUGAAUGAGUGACAGUUCCAUAAGGUGGUUGUUUACAACAUAGAGCAGCUCCUCACAGUAAGGUUGAGCAGUUCAAGCAGUGAAUAGAAGCCAGUGAUCAGCACUAUCACCAGGGACCCCCAGUCAUGAUGGGUAAUCAGAAGGUCUUGAUCAUUUGGGUGUGGAUGUUACUGUGGGUGUCGUUGUAUCCUUGGGUCCACUGCAGGCGUGGAGGAGGUUUUGGUGGCAGGGGCAAGGGAGUGGGUCUGCCAGUCAAAGCGCCUCCUUCCCAGAGCAAAGGCAGGCAGGGCCUGAAGCUGGCAGGUGCUGCAGCCGCAGGGGCUCUCGGUGGAGCGGCCAUCGGCUAUGGGCUGGGCUCUCUGGGCAGACCGAGAUAUGGCUACGAUGGCUCCUCAGAGGCGGACAGGCGCUAUUACCCGGAUGGACCAGGAUACUACAACCGCUCGGACUGGCGGUAUUACAGGAACGCAGGCAGCACAGAGCACGUGACCAGCGUCCUCAUAAUACUCGGAACAGUCGCACACAUCUUUAUGUGGGGAUGAGUUACGGGGUUUGAGGCAUUUCUUGUCACAGAGAGACAAGAUGCAGAAAGGGUUCAUUUUAAACAGAGGAUACAAUCAUUUUCAUUGAUAGAGUGUUUGAUAAAGAGGAAACUAACUUACACCAGCAAUAUACUUCGAGAAAUAUGAAAUUUGAGAAAGUUAUGACAUUAGACCACACUCACACACACACACACACACACACACACUACAAAAGUAAAACUUAAAAGUAAUCAUAUUCAGCUUUGGCAUCAGGAAUAAUUUUUUUAAUAUACAUUUUAAAUGUAAUAAUAUUUUAAAAUAUCUAAAAAAAAAAAAUCUUAAUCCAAAUUUUUGACAAGUAGACAAUGUCUAUAUAAUAAUGAUGUAUGUAAAUUUAGCAAUUUACCCAUAUAUUAUGCCAGGCUCAAGGUAAGGUCAAUUGAUAGAUUGAUUUGAUUAUCAAUUUUACUAUUAAACAUAUAUUCAAAUGUUUUAGCCAAAUGUAAUGAAUGUUAAAUUAUAUUUAAUUUAUGCUGUGUUGCUAAUGCCUGACAGUUCUGCAAUUAUAUGUCACUUUGGAUUUUAAUUUAGGAUUUUAUUAAUUUUGGUCAAGCAGUCAAAUAUUAUUUAAUACAACUGAAACAACUUUAAUUUAAGGGCUAGUAUUUGCAUUCUCUGAAAAUAUUUGAUGCAAACUCUGUGACCUGAAAUGUCAUGGGAUGGACAAAAUAAAAAAAACAGAAGAGCUUUUGCUGUUCCUUUCAUGCCGGUGAUAUCAUUUAAUACUCUUCUGUUGGUUUCAGGGUUUGAUGUGUAUUUUGGCAGGCAUUUUAAACCCUGUCACUGUUUGCUUCUUGUACUGUUUUCAGAGUGUAAAUGAAUAAAUAUUUGACUCUGCUUA